CCAUUUUUGGAAGCCUCGAUCGGAUCUGUUUCAUUACUGUAUUUAUCUUGAAAGUUCUUGCAGUCUUUUCGGUCUUGCCCACGUUGUUAGAUGUCUUUGUAAGAGCCGUAGGUUUCUUGAUCAUCAGUCGGCUGAAGGAGGUACUCAAGUACAUUGUAUCCAUUUAUGGCGCCAUCUGGGUUUUGUGACGACUUAAACCCUAGAGAUGUUUGUAUUGUUGGUGUUGCACGUACACCAAUGGGUGGCUUUCUUGGUGCCCUAUCAUCUUUAUCAGCCACCAAACUAGGGUCUAUUGUUAUUCAAUGUGCACUUAAAAGGGCAAAUGUUGACACAACGCUUGUUCAAGAAGUCUUUUUUGGGAAUGUUUUGAGUGCCAAUCUGGGGCAGGCUCCUGCCAGGCAGGCAGCCUUGGGUGCUGGUAUACCAAAUACAGUGGUCUGCACUACCAUCAACAAAGUGUGUUCAUCUGGGAUAAAGGCAACAAUGUUUGCAGCACAAAGUAUUCAGUUGGGAAUCAAUGAUGUUGUUGUCGCUGGUGGCAUGGAAAGCAUGUCGAAUGCUCCUAAAUAUUUAACAGAAGCGAGAAAAGGAUCUCGAUUUGGAAAUGAUACGCUUAUUGAUGGCAUGCUUAAAGAUGGUCUGUGGGAUGUCUAUAAUGAUUUUGGCAUGGGAAUGUGUGCUGAAUUAUGUGCCGACCAACAUUUGAUAACAAGAGAAGAGCAGGAUUCUUAUGCCAUUCAGAGCAAUGAGCGUGGAAUAGCUGCUCAACAUAGUGGUGCAUUUUCUUGGGAAAUUGCUCCGGUGGAAGUUUCUACAGGUAGAGGAAAACCAUCAAGAAUCAUCGAUAAGGAUGAAAGUCUUGAAAAAUUUGAUCCUGUAAAAUUAAGGAAGCUCCGUCCUAGUUUCAAGGAGAAUGGUGGUUCAGUUACUGCUGGCAAUGCUUCUAGUAUAAGUGAUGGUGCUGCUGCUUUAGUGUUAGUGAGUGGGGCGAAAGCUAGGGAACUAGGAUUGCAAGUGAUUGCAAAGAUCAAAGGAUAUGCUGAUGCUGCUCAGGCACCUGAGCUAUUCACAACAGCCCCAUCUCUCGCGAUACCAAAAGCUAUUUCGAAUGCUGGCUUGGAGGCUUCUCAAAUAGACUAUUAUGAGAUCAAUGAAGCUUUCUCCGUUGUGGCUCUAGCAAAUCAGAAGCUUCUUCGGCUUCCUGCUGAAAAGCUUAAUGUGCAUGGUGGUGCUGUUUCUUUGGGACAUCCUCUAGGUUGCAGUGGCGCACGCAUUUUGGUCACUUUGUUAGGGGUUCUCAGACACAGAAAUGGCAAAUUUGGAGUAGCAGGAGUUUGCAAUGGUGGUGGGGGAGCCUCUGCACUUGUCUUGGAGCUCACGCCUCGUGCGAAGACUGAACGCUCUUUGCUAUGAGUUUUCUUAUUUGGUGUAAUUAAGUGUUGUUGUAUGAGAUCAUAAAAUUUUGCAUCCAGUGUAACAAUAAGUAUAUGAUAGGUAAAUGUAAUCUGCCUAUGAUGUGGUUGACGUGGUUAUGGAUGUCUGAUAUGCCAUAUCCUCACAACUCAAUCAUGUCAUAUUAUCUGUUUAAUAUGUCAACCCUCCAUAUAAAUAAAAAGCAAGGCACGGCUAUCGUUACAUA